UCUUGCUGGUUUGCGGCAGCAGAGGUUACGCAAGUGACCCAAGAUGGCCGCCAGCGUGUGGAACUCGUGUCGUAACGUCGGACAAAAGUUCGUUUUUACACCGCUCCUGCGAAACUGCUCGCAGUGCGGUGUCGCCCAGAGUUCCAAGACGAGUCUCAGACCACUUAAAGAUGCAGGGAUCCAGAGAAGAGAGCUUUCUUCCCGUACGAACGGUCCUGGAAGUGGCGGACAGUGGUUGAGACUUGGCCUGGGUGUCGCAGGUCUGACAGCGGUGUCAGGGGCCGGUUAUAUCACCUACAAAUAUCGGCAGGCCAUGGCUACUACUGCAGACGGGCCCGUCACAACGGCACAGUGCCAGAGUUCGGUGGACCUCCCCCCCAUGAAGGUCACCCUGUACCAGUACCUGACCUGCCCGUUUUGCUGCAAGACCCGCGCCUUUCUGGAGUACUACGGGAUCGACUUCCAGGUCGUAGAGGUCAACCCCCUCUCCAGGAGAGAAAUCGGCUGGUCGGACUACAAGAAGGUUCCCAUUGUUAUUGUGGAGCUGGAUGGGAAAGAUGACAAACAGCAACUUAAUGAUUCCUCAGUGAUCAUCAGUAUCUUAAAGACAUUCAUGGUGAACACCCACAAGGACCUGGACAACAUAGUUAGCUACUAUCCCCUCAUGGUGACUCAGGAUGCCAACGGGAAGGAAGUCAGGGAGAUCGCCAACAAGCACUGGGUCAUGGUGGACCUGGAGACCAUGAGUGAGGAGUAUGGCAAGAGGAGAAGAGCGGAGGUGAAGUGGAGAAAGUGGGUAGACGACCACUUCGUCCACAUGCUGGCCCCCAACAUCUACCGCUCCCAGGCCGAGGCUCUCCAGGCGUUUGACUACAUCACCAACGUACAGAACUUUGGGCCCUGGGAGAAGUGGGCAGCCAAGUACGGAGGCUCUGCCAUCAUGUGGACAAUAGCAAAGAGACUGAAGAGCAAGUACCAGCUGAAGGACGAUGUGCGAGAGUCGCUGUAUGAUGCUGCUAACGAAUGGCUGAAGGGUGUCGGCAAGAAGAAGUUCAUGGGAGGGAGCCAGCCCAACCUGGCGGAUCUGGCAGUUUAUGGGGUGCUGAGCAGCAUCGAGGACUUCGAUACCUUCAGGGACUUGAUGGAGAACACUAAGAUGAGACCCUGGUACGAGCGCACCAAGAAAGCCGUGAAAACCCAUGCCGGAGCGAACACAACACAUGUACAUGCACCAUAAUGAAGACUGCUGCGCGUUUGCUUAGACCCUCAUACAUGUAGUACCAAGAGACAUAUAGGGCAGCAAGUCUCCUUAUACCCCCUCACAUUAGGCGAAAAUCGAUCAGACGACGAGUCUGCGAGCUCUAAAUUACGAGGAGGCAUGACCCUGACGGGAAGGGGGGAAGUCUGCCAUUUCUUCGUCGGCAGCAGGGUCAUGCCUCCUCGUAAUUUAGAACUCGCAGACUCGUCGUCCGAUCAAUUUUUGCCUAAUGUGAGGAGGGUAUUACUGUUUCAGUAGCAGGGUAUUUCUGUACAGGGAGGGGUUGCAAGCCCUUCCCCUUUAAUGUGCUUGAGGCACCACCUAGAGAAUGGGACCCCCUUUUUAUCAAUUUAUGUCCCUCUGGAAAGAUAGGUGCAGCCCCAACUUAGAUGCCCUACCCAGGAUUGAACUAGGGUCUGUUUGGAACCUGGAGCUCAACUGAGGCUGCUCCCAGUUGAACUACAGGGACAUCCUAAGACCACAUAUACUCAGAUUUAGAUUGGAUAUGGCCACACCAAUUUCAGUUGUUGGUUUUCGAAUUUAAGAUAAGAAUGCUGAACUGACAGAUCACCAAAAACUCUGAGUCUGAGAUGAAUAUCUAUACCUUUGUACGCCUUACAUACAGUUUUAGAUAGUGGAUAAAUUCAGGUGCAAGUUUUGCUUCCAACAUUAUGUACCCUGCAAAACUGAAGAAUUGUUUUAACUGCAAUAGUCCAUUCCCCUGAGAUUGAAAACGGGUGUAUGCUAGCCUGACUAAAAUCGCGCCCCUAGCGGCCGGCCUUACAAUUGCCACCGCUGGGGAAGGGGUCGAGAGAUUGUGUAAAUACAGGCUAGGGUGUAUGCCAUCCCAUGUAAAGCUAAUAGGCUUUGCUGUCUUCCACUGCUGAGUGUGCAAAACUUAGCUUAGCAGUUAGUGAUUUCAUGGCAGCUUCAUGUUGUGUCCUUGGGAAAGGCACUUAACAUGACUUUCCUCACUCCAUCUAGCUGUAGAAAUGGGUAGAAAAGGGAGAAGAGGAAUGGGCUCCGCUUUUCAAUACUGUGCCCUAGACGCUGCCUCAAUCAGUGACAUAAAAAAGGCAUGCAACGGGACUCCUAGUACAAUGUAUCUGUACCUUUUAGGCAUGAACUGAAGAUACAUCCUUUCUAUGUUACAUAGGAACACAAAGGAAUGUGAUGGACACUACUUUAUUUGUGAGACAUAGUUUCAAGCUCUGCAUGCAAAUGAAUUGUACAUAUAAAGUUAGUAUGGCUCAUGGCAAAAUUGCUAUGUACAACUCUCAGGUUGACUAUUGGUUUUGCAUAGUAGCAGAGAUGUUGAAUGUACUGAACUAUUGAAACCUGAAUGUUACCUUUAUGAGUGUGGCAUAAAGCUUUUUUGAUAUA